AAAGAGAGGACGAAAAAGAGGGAAAAGGAGCGAGGGAGCGAGGGAGAGAGAAAGAGAGAAAGCGCGAGGAAGCAAGAGCGGCGAGGCGAAUACGCGCGCGGCAUUCCUCGGGGAAGACCACGCCGGCACGUCGUUUAUUCCCGCCGCGUCGUCUUUAUUUGACAGUGCGUGCGGGUAUUUUACGCGCGCGCGCGCGCGCGCGCAUACCCGUGCACGCUCGCUCGCUCACUCGCUGUUGUGUUGCGUAUGCGUUAUUAUGUUGUACUCACCCGCGCGACUCCCGUUGUUUCCGACGUCGUCGUCGUCGUCGUCGUCGCCGUCGUCGCGAGGCCGGGACUGCGUCUCGCCGCACCUGCGAAAAACACGCAGGUUUCGCGCCGUGACAGUUAAACGUCGUUGUCGCGCGCGCGGCUGACACCCCGGUUAAACGUCACGUCGAUCGCACGGCACUCUCACGUCGUCGGCGCGUCGUACCGCGGCCGGGUGCCUGUUUCCAUUGAAAACCACCGAAAUCUAAUGGUAUGCGGGCGGGUGGACGCGCGCGCGCACGGCACGGCCCGUUUGACACGACAGGCAGCCUCGGCUAUUCGUCCUCCGUCCUCCCUCUCCCCAACGUUCCUCCUCCGCGCCCUCCUCAUCCCGCCUCCGCCCCCGCCCGCGCCCGCCGCCGCGUGCGUUCGGGCAUUACGCCGGAAUGCACGGUAUGCGACCGAUCGCCGCACCACGACGGUAGGAUCGUCAAGCUGCGGCCGCAGCCUUGUAAAUACGCCAGCGCGCGGUUCGCGCGUGGCAAACGCGAGAACGAAUUUUUCUGCGCACGCGCAGUCAAACGACUCCGAAGUAGCGUAUCGAGAGAUGUAUUUUACAGGAGUAUAUGGUAUCGUUUUGCCCAUUGCCCAUGUCGGAUUACUCAUUGGAAAUUGCGAAUUGAAGAUUGGAAUUCCGUCGCAUCUAAUUUUUAUUUUAAUCUAUUUCGCGUUCUGAUUAAACUCCAAAUAAUUUUUCAAUUCACAUUCUUUAAUGCAAUUUAUCAUGAAAACAUUAAAAUAUAUUUUGAUCCCAACAGCGCCCUGUAUUGCAUUUUGUAACUACGAGUAUGACGAUAUAGUCACGUGGUCCGCUACACGUGUGUGAUUCUUUCGUCUGCUAUCUCCAGUGUGACAAUUGAGCUUUAUAAUAUAAUUUUCUUGCAAGUAUGUUGACGUAAAAUAAAAUGAAAUGCUUUUCUGUGUAAAUCUACUGAUAAAAUGUCUAAGUAAAAAUAAAUUUUGCAGUAGUUAUUAUACCUUCGUACGUUCUAUGUAUUAUUAAAUUUUGUUCUGUAUAAUAGUUUGGUUAACUUCUAUUUGUGCCUUUGUAGAUUUUUAUUGCGUAAUAAGAAACUUGUGCAAAAUGAGUUUAGAUAAUUAUAACGAUUAUGAUAAUGACGAUGACAGACCCAAAACGCCAUUAGAAGAAGAUUGUUGUGCUAGUGGCUGCACGCCAUGCGUCUUUGAUGUACACAAAGCACUGCUAAGGCAAUGGGAAAAUAGAAAGACGCGGAUGAAAGUUAAAACACCAGACAACUUAUUAUCUCUUUUAUCUUAUAAAGCAUUUGUUAUCACAGAUAUAUCCGAUGCAUCAGAAGAUUAUUUUUUAAUGACUUUGGAAUAUCCAGAAUGCAAAAUAGAAAAUAAUGUGGGAUUGCAUCUCACACCUGGCCAGUAUGUUAUGCUACAUUCCUGGAGUAAAUCUCGACCGUAUACCCCAAUUACUUGGACAUACAGAAGUUUAGUUUUCUUAAUAAAAUUGUAUAAACAUGGUGAAUUCAGUUUGCUUCUGAAAAAUGCACUAAUUGGCAGUACAAUUGAUAUCAGAGGACCUUAUGGAGAUUUCACAUAUGAAAUUAACAGGCAGAUUGUCAUGUUUAGUAUUGGCUCAGGAAUAGCAGCGCUUUAUCCUGUAGCUAAAGCAAUUGUCAAUGAUGAAACUGAAUUGACGAGAAUACAUCUUAUUGCGGGAUUUAGAUCAGCAGCACACUUGCCUCUGAGAAAAGAGUUAACACAUUUAGCAAAUUACUGGAAUUUCAAAUGUACAUUACAACUAUCCCAGUUAAAUGACAAGAUAAUCAACCUUCAUGGUUUUAAUAUAAACGGUGGUCGUUUAAGCAAAGCACUUGUUGCUGAUUAUCUUCAAUCUAAUGAUACAGAGACAACAUUAAUUUUGAUAUGUGGAACAUCAGAAUUCAACCAGUCCAUGAAAGAAUGGCUCAAAGACAUGAAUUAUACAUACAUACAUAUAUUUGAAUGAGAUAUAAACAAUUUAAGGAUUAAUACCUACCUGUAUCAUUCAAUGGGACAGGAAAUGUUUUCCUUGCAAUGUGGACAAUUGCCAUGGAUAUGACCAAAUACAACUUGAUUUGCAGCAUUUGUCUGUAACCACUGUAAUAAAAAAAUUAAUUGUAAAUAAGUAUAUCUUAUGUAAUAUCCUAUGUCAAAUGUAAUAUGUGCUGUAAUCUAUUUAUAUUCUUUUAAAGAUUCUUUUUUUUCUGUUUAAAUAUUUCUUGAAAUACCCAAUAAUGAUUUUAUGUGAAAUAAU